AUGUUUAUCAGGUCUUUCACAUCCAUCAGUUUCAAUUUGUAUAUCACAGCUUCUGCAGUCUCAAGUCUGGUGAACGCUGGAGCAUUGAUCAAUGGAGCUAAUGGCUCAAUUUAUUAUGAUCUCUUUGGAGACUGCACUGGGCAAGAAUCCGAAGCAAAAGAAGCGGCUCAUUCCGAUUUCAAUGACAGUCCCAACGCUUGUGGAUAUAGAGCAAGAUCGAUUGGAAAUUCUAGACUAGUAGCAAUACCACCUCAGCUAUGGUCAACCCAGCUUUGUGGCGCAGAAAUCGUAAUCACGCAUGACGGUCAAAGCACCCCAUUUGUCCCAUCGGAAGGGCCGCUCUUCGUUGGCGAUAUGUGCAAAUCAUGUCCGUGGAAUCAAUUUGAUUUUGGAGCCAAGGCGGCUGUCGACCUCAGUGAAGGUGCGGGAUGCAAGAAUCCAAAGGGAUUUUCACUUCAAAUAACCGACAACAUCAUCGGACCUGUUUUAUCAGAUACGGUAGAUGCACUACUGCCUCAAUGGUUCGCCAACGAGGGUGGAGCUCUCAGUUCUGCGGCUCCCUCUUCAUGGUCAGCUACAUCUACCUACAGCUCGACAACCUCAUCUUCUUGGCCUUCGACAGCUAACGGUAUCAUAACUAGCGAAGUCAGCAGCUCACCGUCACCAUGGGAAUCUUCGGCUGCAUAUAAUGUAGCCACCGUUCAGCCUGUCAGCUCUAGGUUGUCGACAGCUAUUGAUCUUGGAACAUCGAAAGUGACAGCUACUAGUUCUGGUCGAAGACCACCAACGGUAGCAGCUCUUGAUAUGAAGAAUGCGUCAUCUGCCUCCUCAUCACCUGUAAGUUCGAUGGAUAUAAUGGGAGGACAACCAACGAAUUCUGGCGCAUUGCUAGCUCAAGAGAGCAGUGUAACGAGCACCACCUGUCGAAGAGUGAAGAAGAGAAGAAGAAGGAGGAGAAGACCUUUCGUAAAACCCAUUAGACGUGGGAAGAGGGAAAGAGGACAUGUGUAUAUACAGUGGCGAGAACACAUGAAUUGCGAUCCCGAUACUUGUCUCGGUGGGAGAGAACAAAUGAAAACCGCUAUUGUCAAACCAAAUGACUAA